AUGCUUUUCUACUCGUUUUUCAAAUCUCUGGUGGGAAAAGAUGUGGUUGUUGAGCUGAAAAAUGACCUGAGCAUCUGUGGGACUCUUCAUUCGGUCGACCAGUACCUGAACAUAAAGCUUACAGAUAUCAGCGUCACUGAUCCGGAGAAGUAUCCACACAUGUUGUCUGUUAAGAACUGCUUCAUCCGGGGGUCUGUGGUGCGGUACGUCCAGCUCCCUGCUGACGAAGUGGACACUCAGCUGUUGCAGGACGCGGCGCGGAAAGAGGCCAUGCAGCAGAAGCAAUGA